AUGCGCAAGCUCCUCGAGGCCCUCGUUUUCCUCUUUGUGUCUCCGGGUCUCUCUUUCGCUCUCAAAACGCCAGCGCCUACCAGUCUCGAUCUCGGACUCUCUCGCACUCGCUGUCUUUUUCCCUGGCUCUCUCGUCUUCGUCCGUUCCCUUUUGUUAAAUCCUCCGGUGGUUUCGAGGUGGCAGCGUUCGGCGGGCGGGAAGGCUGUAUACGAGACAAGCGCAGCAGCGAACUAACUAUCGGACGGGACAGCCUCGUCUUUUUCGAGAGCGGAGAAGGAGGAGGAGGAGGAGGAGAAGAAGAAGAAGAAGAAGAAGAAGAAGAAGAAGAAGCAGAUGAAGCAGAUGCAGGAUACAGGCGGAGGGCUCCGGGCGAGGGCAGUCCUGUGCACUUUAUAAGACAGCAGCAGCAGCAGAAUAAGAAUAAGAAGAAGAAGUCAGAGAAGCAGCAGAAAAAGAAACGAGCCUGA